AGAUUCUUUUGGAGUACUGUAACGAACGACUUGCACUUCAAAAAUAUACAGUCCAUCCAUCCUUCUCUCUCCUGCCAUAAAACGCUAGCAGAUUUGUGACAGGAUUUACGAUAUCGAAAACCGUGUGGGUUGUUGUUUAUGAAUGCACUCCUUUCCAGGUGCUCCACUGAUCGUCUCCUGAUAACCUCAAUAAUUUUACCGACUAUGAGUGUUAGAGACACUGACCUGUAGUUCAGUGCCACCUCUUUGUCUCCUUUUUAAUUAUAGCUACUACAUUCGCUGUUUUCCAUACAUCUGGCAGUUAUUUUACUUGUUGAAGAUUGCUGCUGUUGAUUUACACAGUUCCUCUGUACCUCUGCUCGCGAAUCCAUGGAGAGGUGUCCGUUCCCAUUGCAGCGCAGCGACCGAAAUGCAUCUAGUUAUGGUUGUGGUACUGGGAAGUCUGGCAAGUGGUGGUAAAGUCUGAUUGCCGCGGUGAAGCCUGGCGGUGGCGGCAGUGAAGCCUGUCGGCGGCGGCAGUGAAGCCUGGCGGCAGUGAGGGAGCCUGGCGGAGGCGCGGGGCACUUCAGUCGCCAGCUGGACGUGUUGGGUGUAGCACGCGUCUUCUCUCGCUCCCUCUUUCUCUUCCCCAACACAACGCUGGUGGCGUCAAGUUAACUAUAUAUAUAAAAUAACUUCCUAUGUUGAGUGGCAGUGUGGGCAUGACUCAGGCACUGUGCCAGUGCCUAUUAUGCACGCAUGACAGUCUAUUUCUUCAGCCUGAGAUAUCAGGAACACCUGUUGCAUGGGCUAGCCAGGGAAGACUAGCGUGAUGGUUCUCCAUCAACGUGCAGUGAAAUUUGGCUAAAUAUAUCGGCCAGAACAUUAUAUAUUUGGAACAUGUAAACAUCUUAGUGUUUGUGCUUGUCAUGGGCAGUAACAGCUCGUGGUCGCGGGGCGGGAUGAGGCCAGAUUGGGCCAGCUGGCCCAGCCCCGACACCGUCAGUGAGAUCAUCAACAACACGUGGGCAGCCUCAGACUCACACCUGGACAUAAACUCCACACUCGACGAUAAUGCGACACUACCCUGGACUAACACCACUGCCAAAACUUACAACAUUCUCUCCUACCCCACCACGCAGGCCAUAUUUUACAUCGAGUACCUGACCAUCUUCCUGCUGGGGGUCUUUGGGAAUUGUUUAGUGUGCUACGUCGUGUUCCGUAACAAGCACAUGCAGAACGUGACCAACUACUUCAUCACCAACCUGGCACUAGCAGACAUCCUGCUGUGUGUGUUGGCAGUACCCUUCACGCCGCUCUACACAUUCAUGGGUCAGUGGAUGUUCGGAGGUGUGUUGUGUCACCUGGUUACGAUGGCCCAGGGCACCAGCGUCUACGUUUCUACUCUAACACUCAUGUCUAUCGCCAUCGACAGGUUCUUUGUGAUAAUCUACCCAUUUCGGCCGCGCCUCCGUCUCUCGAUCUGCUACCUGAUCAUCGUCAGCAUCUGGCUCUUCUCUAUUUCGGCGACGCUGCCUUACGCGCUCUAUGUCAAUCAAGUAGAAUAUCAAGACCGAUAUUACUGCGAGGAACUCUGGCCUUCAGAGUCCAUCAGGCAGGUGUUUAGCGGGUUCACGGCUAUUAUGCAGUUUGUUGUUCCUUUUAUCAUUAUUCUCUAUUGCUACGUCAAGAUCUCAAUCCGCAUGAACGAGCGAGUCAGGGCCAAGCCGGGCACCAAGAGCUCAAGAAAGGAAGAGGCAGACAGAGAGAGGAAGCGUCGGACAAACCGAAUGCUUAUAGCGAUGGUAACGAUCUUCGGCACUUCGUGGCUCCCUGUGAACGUGGUGCACUUGGUAGGCGACUACUACGCACCAGCCAGCGAGUGGAGCUAUUAUAACCUAUGCUUCUUUAUCACGCACGUGGUAGCCAUGUCUUCCACAUGUUAUAACCCCUUCCUCUACGCUUGGCUCAACGAAAAUUUCCGCAAGGAAUUUCAGUUGGUGUUACCUUGCUUCCAGCAAAACCCUUCUAGAGACCGUGUUGGUCAGUGGCGAUCGGAGAGAACCUGUAAUGGGAACGACACACAGCAGGAGACCCUUCUGCAGCCCGGAACAGGCGGAGGCGGUGGAGGUUCUAUCAGGUCUAUCAAUCGUCGACUUUCCACUACCCAAGAGAGCCCAACCAAGGCGAUAACACCAGCAACCGUGGAAACCCACCCCAUGACAACGUUCGUGGAGGUGCCUACCCACUCCAACAGCGGGACGUCUGACCAAGCCGUCCAGCCCUUGGUCAACGGAGAAGCCUCCGAGUAUGUGUGAAUACAGUUGCCAGUUGGGAGCCGAAGACCUCAUCCUGAAAAUACGUUUUCCCUGUGACGGUGAAAGUGAAUGGGAGGAUGAUGAAUAAGCAGGUCGCUACGAAAAUUAGAUGAUAAUGAAUGCGAAAGUGACGAUGAAAAUGAAGGUUAUGGAAGGACAGGCGGUAAUGAAGAUUUGGGUGACGGUGAAGGUGAUACUGAAGAUGAAAGUGGAGGUGACAAAAUAUUGUGCUGCAGAAGAUUAAGAUAACAGUGAAUUUUCCAAUGAAGACGGUGAAAGCCACUGUUUUCGUGGUUCCAUCGAAGGUAGAUACUACUACUAUUACUACCACCAUCACUGUCUACCACUCUUAUCGCCCUCAUCAUCUAUCACUACAACAACCACAACCUACCAUCAUCACUAACACCGCCCCAAUCACCACCAUUGCCACCUAUCGCCAUCACCACUACCUACCACCACCACCACCACCUCCACAGCCACAGCCACCACCACCACCACCACCGCCGCCGCCGCCUCACCUGCCACCGAAGCGGCGUUUACCACUACUAUAACUACUUCCAUUCUUGUAAGAAGUAGCACCAUCGUUAAGGAGACAAUCACCAUUACAGGAAUCUCCUCGACCACUGUACCCGCCAGCACAGCUGCUGUUAUCUAAAGUGAAUACUUUUCAGGAUAACUGUCAGCAGACUACCAGCACAGCGACUAUCACUGCUUCAUAUAAUUAAUAUACAUUUUUAUUUUUAUUAUUUUUAUUGUUAUUAAAAUUAUUUUCAGUAGUAAUAGCAUCAUCAGAAGUAUCAGUGAUAGAAACAGUAGCAGUUGUCUAGUUUACAAGUUUAAUGAAGAAUGAAUAGCAAUUUCAAAGACAGUGAAAGUACGUAACAGUAAAGCCAUUACCAGUGAGUGAAGAAACUAAGAAUGAUCACUUCAGAGUGUAUGUCUUGUUUUCUCUUAACUGAGCCUUGAAUAACAAAUUACACACACACACACACACACACACACACACACACACACACACACACAUGAAAGAGAGAAAAGUACACGAGGAAACAAAAAAUUGCAGAACUGAUGAAAAAAUUAAGAGCAGCUAUAGAGGCAAGUGAAAUCCAUAUGUUUUUUAUGGGUAGGAACAUGUGCAUAGGGAGAACAAGGCCAAUACGAAUUGUGUUUACGAAGUCAGAGGGAGAAAUUCAGUAACGAAAAGGAAGUCAAAUCUGAGUAGAAAUCGAAACUUUGAUACUGUAUCCUUGAAAGAAGACUGGACGGAAGAGGAAGGGCAGAAAAGUAGAAAUGGGAACGGGGAAGACAAAAUCGGAAUGGAACAUGGAAGGAAAUACCUUCGUGGAAGGAGUAGAGCAACAGGGUGAAGGAGUACAGGUAAAUCCUCAGGACUCCACAUAGACUCCCUGCCCAGUACUGCUAUAAAUGAAGUAAUCAGCAAGACCAGAAAACAGUAAGAUAUAGAAGAAUCAUAGUAUGAUAAUCAAAUCGACAAUGAGACACUUUUGCAACAUUUUGGAACUUUUAUUAAAGGAAACGUUUCCCCAUCCAGUAGCUUCUUUAGCCACUGGCUGACGAAACGCUUCCUCAUUAAAGAUUCCCAAAUCUUGAAAAUGUGUCUCAUUCUUCAAAUUGUCGGUUUUUAGAAACCAUUUCCAUCACAUACUGAAAGAAAGGGCUGGGAAACAAAACCUUGAUAUAUCUAUAACGGAGAUGGAAUUCUCAGGGCUGAUAACAGAUGCGAUUUUCUCAGAGGUCUAGCAAAAGUGAGAAGGGAAAAGACAACGGAGGAGUAGCACUGACGGAAACAAAUCACUAUAGAUCUGGGAAACUUGGAAACAUGAGAGUUCAGAGAUUACAUUGUAUACAAUGUAAUAUCUGGAGAGUCAGAGGUAACGGAGGCAGUGAUAAAUAAUCCACCAACAAACAACAGGAAACAAAGGAGUGUGAUCAGAGUAACAGGACAAUGAUGGAAGUGCUGGAGACAGUGGCAGAACAGGCGAAAAUAAGUAAAGCUGAACUCCUAGUAUAGGAGACUUUAAUCACAUGCAGAGUGAUUGGAAAAACUGGAACCUCCAUGGAGGACCAGAAACAUUGAGAGUGAAAUCUGAGCUAACAUGGUGAAGAAACAAAAAGGUUCAGGGGAGGAGGUGACCUAGAGAGACUUGAUCUGAUUUUCACAUAAAAUAAAUACAACAUAGAGGAAAAAAAAAAUAUGGGGAGCCAAUAGGAAUCAACCAGCAUGAUUACCUGGUGGAAAGGGGAAUGAAGAAAGAAAGGGAAGAAGCAACAGAAAAGAGGACCAGAGAAGUGGGAACUAUGAUGGUAUGAGAAUUUUUCUUAGCAAAGUAGAAUACAAAACGAAAAUGGAAGGCAGAACUGUACACGAAAUGAAAGUGCCAAAAGGCAAAGGAGAGAUUCUACCAAAUAUGAAAAAAGAAACAGGAAAAACAAAGCUCAUGGAUUAGUCAGGAAUGCAGAGAGGCCAAGGAAAGGAGCAAGAUGGCUUGGGAGAGAAAUAUAGAGCAAUCCAAGUGCAUACAAAAACGAGAGGCAAGCAGUAGAGCUAGAAAGGAAUAUUUAAGAAAAAAGGGAGGCUGCAAGGCAGUUUGAAAAAUUAUAUAACAUCACUGACCAAAACAGAACCACAGCCACAUAACAAGAAAAGACGACUGUGAAGGAACAAAUGAUAAUGAUCCAAGUCGGACCGAAACGUUGUUAUAAGCUUCAGUCUCUUACGUGAGGGUUAUUUGUGUAUUGACAGAAGUAUGUGACCUGUUAGGAAAAGAAAAAAAAAUCUUCACAGAAGAAAGUGGAGAACUACAGAAAAGCUCUGUAGUCAGAACAGACCAGUGGGCACUGGAGAGUAUCAACAUAACAAAGUGAUUGAGACAACUACAUGAGCUGGAUGUAAUAAAAGCAAAUAGCACAUCUCUAUAGAUGUUGAGAGAAGGGUCAAAAACAACUACGUAUUCAACAAAUCUCUAAGACAGGUGCCAGAAGAUUGGAAAAUGGCAAGUGUGGUUCAUUUUUAUAAAAAAGAGGAUGAGGGGAUAGACAAGAGGCCGAGUCAAAUGUUAUGACACCAGUUCCACUCGCCAAUUUCUCUUAAUGCAAAUUUAAUUUCAGCGCCGUAUCUGGCGUCACGAUUAGUAGUAUUUGGCGCCAUGAUUAGCAGUAUUUGGCGCCAUGAUUAGUAGUAUUUGGCGCCACGGUUAGUAGUAAUUGGUGCCAUGGUUGGAAGUAACUGAAGCAUAAAUUAUUUGUAAUUCGUGCCAAUGUCGAUUGUAAUUUACAUAAAACACUUGGAGGUCAGGUCACUCUGGGUAAUAUCACAACGGGAAGUCAGGUCAUGCAAUGCCAUGGAAACAUUUCUGUCGUCUCAGCUCAUGACAGUUGACGAGGCCAUGUGAUUUGGAUCAAUGGUACUGAGUCAUCGUCUUUAUUAUGGUGGAUUUAUGAUCAUAUUAUGUACAGUAUAAUGAAUUAAUAAAAAAAAUCCACGAAGAUUCUAAGAGAAUAAAAGUCACAGUAACCUUGCUGAAGAAUUUCAUAGUCAAUUCACACUUUGGACAAGAAGUUUAGACGACGUUUAAUAAGUUUUCCUCUCCAAAUUGUGGAUUGUAUGUGUAAAAUUGUAUCUUUACUGACAGCUUUUGGAUAAAUAUCAGCUAUGCAAAUUAUGCUUUGGUGUUAUAACGAGCAGCGGAUUUCUCUUCAGAGACAGAGAUUGGCAGUGUGAAAAACCCAUCCUCAGCAGGUAAUCAGCACUGUUACUAGUCAAUAGUGGACAUUUUCCAGUGGUAUAAGGUACCCAUCAUCAGACUUUAUAAGCAAUUGAUGAUAUUCAAUGAUACCACCUCUGAGGUGUACACGUCACUUCCUUCCCGUAAUGAGCAAAGUCGGUUAGACAGGCCAAAUUACACUCUAAAUUGUUUCUUAAAGAAAAUUUUUAUGUAAUAAUAGAUAUAAUCACGUGAAUGAACAAUUUUUGAAAAUUUAUAACAUUUCACCAAACUAUUUUAGCAGCAUAACUUAACCUUGCUAAAUUUAUUUAAUAUAUUACUUAGUAUAAUAUAUCGCUAAGAUAUACGAACAUCACAAUGAUCCGUCUGAUUAUUUAUUGAGAUAAUGGUAAGGUGAAGAUAUGUACAGCUUGUGUGGCCAAAAUGUUCGUUGCUGAAUAAGUCAAGUCGAAAAUCAGUUUAAAAGCAGGACAUAUUCGUUAGGUGAGGUCUAGCAAAGCAGUAAGUUUCUGCCUUCAGGCACGGACGAGUCUCAUUGAGGAUUCUGAACCAGGAGUUGUGUAAAUCCUAGACUGACAUGACCGGCGGUUGAUGCUUCUCUCCCACACUGACAGUCACCAGUGAAGUAGGAGUAACGUCGCCAGUGAUAUGGGAUGUGAACAGUGAUAUAUUAUGGUUGUUACAAUAAUGUGAAAAUAUGUUAGAAAAUCACUGUUAAUAGAUUCCUCAUAAGUGAUCUCGACUUUAUUGGCAGUAAUGUUUCUAGCAAUGCUAUUUAAUCAUUGUUUAUCUGUAUUCCCUCUUCAAUGAAACGUGAGAAAUUGGAGGCGUCGAGGAAACACAGAAGGCACUGCCUAAUAUGUCAACGAUGCAACGUUCAGUGUCAUACCACAAUAGUAAGUGCUACAUCAACGCACUGACUCUCGGACAUCUUCGAUCUGGUCGCUCCAAGAGAACCAGGAAAUACACAGCAGUUUCCACGCUGGAAUACUGCUGUGUGCCAGUGAGUUCAGUGCUUGCCCAAGAAUAUAAUAAACAUAGGGAUCAGGAGAUAACAAUGCUCAAAGGGGCGGAUUAUGUAUAUCUGGCAAUUCGUGUGUAUUGAAGGUGAGAUAAAAGAGAGCACAAAGUACUUUAGUAACACGAGGAAAGUCAGGAUGAGGUCUCCUUGGUGUGAGGAAGAGGAAGUGAGGCAGUUGUUGCCUUGGUAACAGUUGAAGGUGCUAACCUCACUAUGUACUAUUAUUUACUGUAUUUAUGUAAUUUGUAUAUACUGUAUAGUCUUUAUGGAUAGAGCAAGGAAGAUUUGUAAUCUAUUUUGAAUGGUAUAACCAUGAUAUCUUCUGUUGGAUGUUUCAGAAAGGACUCAAUUCAUGCCGGUUUUUAUGAAAUUGAUGUAAACAACUGUGGGGAGUAUUGCCAGGUGGCGACAACCAGGCACCUUCUAGUGGUUUGUUUGGAAAAAUAACUUGUACAUGUUCCUUAUACCGAUGCAUUAUGUGUCUCACCUCGACAAAAAUGUUAAUAAAGGUUGUUAAAGAGAGCUCCACACACCACAUACAGUGGCAACCUGGAGUGCAUUCGCUUUGCUUUCGCUGCACACUGUGGGCCUAGCAGUAUGACUGUUCAUAAGAAUGAAUUAAGCAAAGUAAGGGGCCAUAGUGACAGUUGCUGCAAAGCGGCUGUGACAUCCAAGUACAUGUGUAUAUAGUCUAGACUCUAAGGAUUGAUAAGUCCUUAGAGUGUAUAUAGUAUAAUGUGAAUUAGCUGUGAUGUGUAUAACUAGGAGAUGUGGGAGUGUCACUGCUCCUAAAAAGCUUUUGUAUAAUA